CCCCCUCCACAUCGGAGGCGAAAAAAAAAAGGUUGGUAGCCGGUGUGACUGCCCUUCCCUAAAUUAACUCCCCACAAAUCCCGCCCGUUGAAUUUCGGUGUAUGGAAGACGCAUCCAUCGCCAAACUACGACAACCACGACAGCAAUCCACAACACCUCACGAUAGACCCUCUUUUUCCGAUCCUUUCGCCUCGGUGGUCAUACGAAAUGAAGUGUACGUGAAAUCCUCCCGCUGUUAUUUUUUCCGCCCCGGAUGCCUUGAGAGGCCGAGUUGCUCGCCGGAUAGUGGUUAGGUACUGGAGGAGAUGCUUGCCGCUUUCAGGGGGAGGAUAAUUCUCGAAAAACUGUGGAUUAGGAGGAAUAGAGGGGCGUGCUCGGGAUCUUGUGGAUUAUCCGGCUAGCUCGAGAUAUACCCGUCCAGCAAAGCUAAUGUUUUGGUAUUCUCUAGUCCUUAAAAACGGUAGAGUUGCUAUCAUCACCCGCGGUAGAUACGCCGGUAAGAAGGUGCGAAAAUCACGAUAUCUUAAUUUCUAAGGUUGUCUCAAUACUAACAAGAGAUUCAGGUUGUCAUUGUCAAGGGUUAGUCCAUGCGGUUCUCUCCAUGCAACCAAGCAAGCUUCUAACUCGUGGAGAACUACAGUGAUGGACGAUGGCAGCAAGUCCCAUCCCUUCGGUCAUGCUCUCGUUGCCGGAAUGGAGAGAUAUCCGUCCAAGGUCACCCGCUCGAUGUCAAAGAAGAGAACGGCCAAGCGUUCCAAGGUCAAACCCUUCAUCAAGAUUGUCAACUACAAUCACCUUAUGCCUACUCGUUACACCAUCGAUCUCGAGACCCUGAGGGGGGUCAUUUCUCAAGAUACCUUUAAGGAGCCUUCGCAGAGAGAGGAGGCUAAGAAGACCAUUAAAAAGGCAUUUGAGGAAAGGCACCAGGCUGGCAAGAACAAGUGGUUCUUCACCCGUAAGCCAUCCCGGUUGAAACAGGUUUCAGCGCACCGAACGCUUACUAA